AUGGCUGGUGGGGAUUCAUCAGUAAUUCUACCCAAGCUCUAUGAUGAAAGGGCUAAAUAUCCUCUUUAUCCUUUUAACUUUGACAUACGUCGGCUUCCUCCAAAACGCAUGUUUCUUUCAGCCCUUACGAUAAGUAUGCAAUCCGGAUAUAGUAAGACCCCAAGAGUUGAAAAUGUGAUAUGCUUGCAAGCCACGAUAAUUGCUCGAAACCAAUCAAGGUUCUCUGCAUGCACAGCGAAGCCGUGGCAGCGUGAAACGUCAGAACGCUUAUGGAUGUUGCAAGCGAUCACCGUUCAUGCUCUUUCUUGA